AUGGUGUUCAACGAACGUUUCGUCUUGGUUAGUGCCGGCUUGUUUUUGUUACAAUUUGGGGUAUUGUCAGCGCAGAGUUUUCCUGUUGAAAAGAUUGCUGUUGGUGCAAUUUUUGACCAAAAUACAGAGGAAAUUCAAAAUGUGUUUAAAUACGCUAUGACCGUACACAAUCAAAACAUUAGCUCUCGUCGCCUCGAACUUCAGGCUUAUGUCGAUGUGAUAAACACAGCCGACGCGUUCAAGCUCUCCAGACUCGUGUGCAACCAAUUUGCCCGCGGAGUGUUCGCCAUGCUGGGUGCGGUCACGCCGGAGUCGUUCGACACCCUACAUUCCUACACCAACACCUUUCAAAUGCCUUUCGUUACUCCGUGGUUUCCUGAAAAGGUCAUACCUCCCUCAUCGGGGCUUAUCGACCAUGCAGUAAGCAUGAGGCCUGAUUACCACAAAGCCAUCGUUGAUACUAUUGUGCACUAUGGAUGGACGGAAAUUAUCUUCAUGUACGACUCUCAUGAUGGAUUGCUGCGUCUACAACAACUUUAUCAAUCUAUGCAGCCAGGUCGCACAGCAUUCCAGAUUUCAAUAGUAAAACGAGUUAAUAACGCGUCUGACGCCAUCGACUUCCUAUUGGCCUUAGAACAACACGACCGAUGGGGCAACAAACGUAUCGUACUAGAUUGCAACGCAAAAAAUGCAAAAAAUAUUCUGGUGGAGCACGUCCGAAAAGUGCAAUUAGGCCGCAGGACGUACCACUACAUGCUCAGUGGAUUGGUUAUGGACGAUCACUGGGAGAACGAAGUAACCGAGUACGGUGCAGUCAAUAUAACGGGGUUCCGGAUCGUCGACCACACGCGCAAGAUUGUGCGCGAUUUCAUGGACGGUUUGCGCAGAAUGGACCCCCGGUUCAAAGGAACCAUAUCGGCUCAAACAGCGCUCAUGUACGAUGGCGUGCAAGUCUUGAUGGAUGCCCUAGGAAGACUCUGGAGGAAAAAACCUGACGCUUUCAGAAACGCCUUGCGUCGCGCCGCCGGCCAAGCAAAUAAUACAAAAGUAAUUGACUGUAACCCUGGAAAAAGCUGGGUAGUGCCUUUUGAACAUGGCGACAAAAUAUCAAGGUUAAUUAAAAAGACCGACAUUGAAGGGCUUACUGGAAACAUCUCAUUCAACGAAGAAGGACAUCGUCAUAAUUUUAGUUUGCAAGUUGUGGAAAUGACAGUACAGAGCGCAAUGUUACAGGUCGCCUCGUGGAGUGACACUCACGGUUAUGUACCUUUAUCACCAAAAUACGUCCAACUGAAGUCGCCCAAUUCGUACGAUGUAAACAAAACCUACAUAGUGACGUCAAUUCUGCAAGAUCCUUACUUGAUGCAAAAAUCAACCCCCGAAAAUGGCCAAGGAAACGAUCUCUUUUAUGGUUUUUGCAAGGAUCUUAUAGAGUUAAUUGCAAAACAAAUGAAAAUUAAAUACGAGCUGCGACUUGUCAAUGACGGUACGUUCGGCAGUGAAAACCCUUCCGGCGGCUGGACAGGCAUAGUGGGCGAAAUACUCAGAAAGGAAGCGGAUAUUGCUGUAGCACCUCUAGCAAUAACUCCGGAACGUGAGGAAGUCGUAGAUUUCACAGAACCUUUCCUAUCUGCCAAGAAUCCAAUUGAAAAUAGUCGUAUACCAAAACAAUUGACGGAUACAUUCAGUUUUUUGAGACCACUAUCUAAGGAGAUAUGGCUCUGCGUUCUCUUCAGCUUUUUUGCCGUGAGCAUAGUUCUUUUCUUAGUGUCCAGAUUUUCUCCACAUGAGUGGCGAUCAAUAUCCAUUUCUGACACUCAUUUGGAUCACCCUAUUACCAGUACGAAUGAGAUAAUAUUGCACAACGAAUUCAGUAUUUGGAACUCGUUUUGGUUCUCUCUCGGUUCGUUUAUGCAACAAGGCAGCGAUGUGGUGCCUAGGUCGUUGUCCGGGAGAAUAGUGGGUACAGUGUGGUGGUUCUUUGCUCUCAUCUUAGUGUGUUCAUACACCGCUAACCUUGCAGCGUAUUUGAUCGUGGAGCGUAUAUCAGAGCCGGCUAAGAAUCUCAACUACCCGUCAAGUGUCGCACAUACUGAAAAAGGCCCCGUUGCCCCAUGGAUCGAUUUAGUUGAGGAUUCAAUGCAAACGGAAGAUGUAGUUCACUACGCGUUCGCGAAUGAAGGUCAAAUUACUUGCGAUACCAAGUCUCGUGUUUGUCAAUAUAAGCACGUUAAUUUCGCCAUCGCGACGCCAAAGCAGUCACCACUAAAGGAAGGAAUCAACUUAGCACUAGUCAAGUUGAAGAAAGAUGGAGUCAUCACGAAAUUGUGGCGUAAAUGGCUCCUCAAUAGGAAACCGGAUUGCGAACAUGUAAAAGAUGAGGAGACUAAGAUUACGGAGAUGACAUUGAGUCAAGUAGCGGGGAUUUUUUAUGUACUUGUGGGAGGCUUGGCGAUUGCCUUAGGGGUGGCUCUGGUUGAAUUCUGCCAGCAUGGUCGAGCCGAGGCGGCGCGUGCUAAUGUGCCAUUGCGCGCGGCGCUGACGGCCAAAGCACGUAUGGCGUCACGCGCCGACCGCAAGCACGGGGCGCAGCGCACGCCUCAGCGAGACCACAACCGUUUGCCUUGGAACGGCGGCGCUUUCGCUGGGUACUUUACAGCAGCUAACACGCAAAUAUCUCAAGAUGACGCUGUGCACGCUAGUUUCACGCACGUUUGAUCCGGAGAAAAGAGCGGCGUCAAUGUUCGUCGCUCCUCACUCAGCAAGCCGCCUAACAAUUCAGUCGAUCUCUAUCAGCUCUAGAACGGCCACCGGAAAUAGUGAAGUAUCACAAGAUAAACUAUGAUACCUGGUCCGCGGUUGUGUCAUUUUGCGAAUUAGAUCCUCGUGACAAGUCACCGAUGCUAAUCAUAAAGACUACGUGGCUCGGCGCAUAUUACCUAAUCGCUCGUCGUUUCGCAUUCCAACUAGCGAUUUCAAAAUGAUACAAUUGUGUACCUGGCUUUGCUAGAUUAGUAUGAAAGAAACUAUAAGAGCAGUUUCACACGUCGACUUUUAGCAACGCGUCUGCAGCGAUGCAAUCUCUAAUCGUCUAGGUACCUUUACACAUGCACGCGAUUUAAGCAGCGAUACAAACGCGAUACACAUUUUUAACGUAAGCGACAACAUCAGUGCAGUCGCGUGUUGGCAUCGAUGCAACCGCCUAUAGAUC